AUGAUGAGUGCCGCCUACGAGAUUAUACAGCAUCCAACUAUCGGUCCCAUCAGGGGAACUAAACGCCAGUCAGGAGUUGUUCAGUUCCUUGGUAUACAAUAUGCAACUCUGAAAGACCGCUUUGCCCGCGGCGUGCUGAGGGAGUAUAACCCCAAAGGCGAUGCCAUGUUGCAUGCAAUUAAACAUGGCCCAAUUUCACUGUGUCCACUGAAUGGCUGUGAGCUUGAUCAAAAACUCAUACAGAAAGACCUUCCUCACCCCGAGUAUCCCCAGUCAGACACUGAGUGUUUGACACUGAAUAUCGCUACACCUCCUGUAAAAGACCUUCGGGGCCUUCCCGUGCUGGUACUGAUCCAUGGGGGCGCAUAUAUGGCCGGCAGCAGCUCUUACCCCCACUAUGAUCUGUCGCGUAUCACGAAACAAAGUGUGGAAACAGGCAUGCCGUUGAUUGCGGUAGGAACCAAUUACCGUCUCGGGGCCCCAGGUUUCCUGUUUUCCUCUGCCAUGAAGGCGGCCGGAUACAAGCCAAACAAUGGACUGGAUGAUCAACGACUGGCGUUUCGCUGGAUUAAACACCAUAUUGCAGGGUUUGGUGGCGAUCCUAAUCGUGUCACUUGCAUCGGAGAAAGUGCUGGUGGGGCAUCCGCAUGCUUUCAUCUACAUUCCGCUGAGCCCUUAUUCAAUCAGCUAAUUGGUAUGAGUGGGACUUCGCUGCUGCGCCCACGUCCUCCACAAUUGCUCGAGGAAUCCUUUCAACAGGUUGUCGAAGGGCUAGGGGUGCAAAGUGCCUCACCUGAAGAACAGAUACGUACGCUUCUAGAGAUCUCUUUGGAUCAACUGAGGGACCAUGCGGGUCCACGUAUCCCUUUGGGGCCAAUGGUGGAUGGCGAUAUAAUCCCCAGAGCCACAACCUAUCAGGAGCUGAGUGAAGGGGAGCCAGAAAGGUUGUUCCCAGGAAUUGCACAUUGCAAAAGAAUUAUUAUGGGCGACUGCCAAAGCGACAGUCUGGUAUUUGUCCAUCAGUUCGCAACAAGAACAGAUAUCCUGCCCAAAACACUUGCCCAGUAUCUGUCCAAUGCUCUGAAUCCAGUCGAUUCCAACCUCGCGCCGGCAAUAGCGACUGCCUACGCGAUAGAUCCAUCCACCACGUCAAAUACCACCGAGUCAAUGGAGAGAGUCCUAGACUUAGGAAAUGAUAUUUGUUUCGCAGAGGCCGCUCGCACCUUUACCAGAGCCUGGGCUGGAUCUUCUGUCCCUGAUACCGAAGCCCUGCUCUACCGCUUCAACUGCCCCAAUCCCUGGGACGGGCCGUGGAAAGGCCACGCACUGCACAUUCAAGAUGUUGCUUAUUUGCUACUAAAUUACCAAAAAUAUCUAUCCACUGGUCAGCAACAAAGUGCGAUAAGGUUUGCGAAUGAUAUUAUUGCCUUUUCCAAUGGGAAACGCCCGUGGGCUGCGUAUCAAAAUCACCUUGCAGAAAAAUCAAUGGUUUACUUCUCUCCAAUGAAUGGUGACAAGGAUUGUUCUACAUUUGUAUCGGAUGAGUCAUUUGGAGAGACGGGCAGAAGAAGAAUUUUGCAGCAAGUGAUGAGCGUUGGGUUACUAGAUAAGGUCAUGGAUGCGUGGCAAAUGUUCAUGGCGGGGCCUUGA